AUGGGCACGCGGAAGCCGACGCCCCCUCCCUUAUGCCGUGUAAAGACGUGUGUGUGCUCUUUGACACUUGCGCACUCGACGGCCAACCACGACCUCCCGAGACCCGGCAGAUCCAACGCUGUUCGCGUGGCUGGUGUGGUGACCGCUCCGGCGGCGCCAGGUCACGAGCUAAGCCGUACGGCCGGAGGGACAGAAUUGGUGUGCGACGCGGGCAGAUUCCGCGUCAGAAGGCAUGGCCACGGCGCGUCUUUCCUGUGGGCUAAUGCCGGGAUGAUGCUCGGCGCCGGAGAUCAGCAAGGGAGUGGGAGCACGACGGCGUGA